AUGGAACAAGUUGGGGGAGAACUUGUAAUGUCCUUGGGGCUAGUGAUGAAGGCAACAAGGCAUUCGGUUAUGAAGCAUUCUCGAGAAGAGAUCGGCCCCACCUUUGCCGCUGGCUUUAUUUGCCCCUUCCCCUGCGACAACAGCAGCUUCCUCUUCGCCGUCUUCAUCCUCAUCGCCACCCCUUCCGGCCGCGUCGUCUCCGCCAACACGACCUCCCCGCGCAUCGUCUGGUCCGCCAACCGCGGCCGCCCCGUCCGCCGGAACGCCACGCUGGAAUUCACCAUCGGCGGCGACGUCGUCCUCCGCGACGUUGACGGGACAAUCGUCUGGUCGACCAACACGUCGAACCGUUCUGUUGCGUCCCUAGCCCUCGCCCCGUCGGGCAAUCUGGUGAUCUUCGAUUCGAAGAACCUCUCCGUCUGGCAAUCCUUCGACCACCCGACGGACUCCCUCAUCCUCGGGCAGCCUCUCAAGGUCGGGCAGCGGCUGACGGCCGAUGCGGCCCCUGCCAACUCCUCUAAACGCAUCUUCCACCUUUCCGUCCUCCCAGACGGCCUCUAUGCGUCCAUCGAAUCCAAUCCUCUGCAAGUCUACUACAAAUUGCAAUACAACAACAAAACGAAACCCACGAGCGGAGCAAUCUCCGCAAUUUUCCUCUCCGGCGGGCUCACGAUCAUCGACGGCAAUCCCCCACUGCCGUCACUGUCGACACCGGCGCAAUACAUGAGAUUGGAGAUGGAUGGGCACUUGAGGAUCUAUCAAUGGAAUGGAACAGUGUGGAAAUUCAUAAGUGAUGCUCUCCAUCUUGACGACUGCGCCUACCCGACGGUGUGCGGCGGUUACGGGAUCUGUUCCAACGGGCAAUGCAGUUGCCCUAGCGGCGGCAGCGGCGGCAGCAGUAAUAACAAUCCCCAAUUCUUCAAUCUGAUCAACAAUCGGGAACCAAAUCUCGGCUGCACCCCCGCGACUCCACUUUCUUGCCAAUCUACUCAGGACCAUCAGCUGCUCCCCCUCGUGAACGUCACCUACUUCGACGAUUAUGCUGACCGUUGGUCGACAGACGAGCAGAGCUGCAAGAAUGCCUGCUUGAAGAAUUGCUCUUGCCAGGCCGCCUUUUUUCGCUACGGUUUCAAUUCCUCAAACGGGUCUUGUCAUCUCCCGACGGAGGUCUUCUCGCUGGUGAGCACCCGACCGGAAGGCGUCGGCCAGAAUUUCUCGGCAUACCUUAAGGUACAAGUGAUUCACCAGUCCACUUCCUCUAGAGGGAAGAUUGUCACGGGUGCGGCUCACGGGGUUCUGAUUCUUCUAAUCGUCAUAAUCGGGGCAGCAAUCGUGAUUCUGCGGAGGAAAAAGGCGGCGCGUGAGGAUGCCGAGGAGGAUGUGUUCAAAGGGCUGCCAGGCUUGCCAAGGAGGUUCUCUUACAGUCAGCUUAAAUCGGCCACAAACGGCUUCUCGACGAAGCUCGGGGAAGGGGGGUUCGGGCCGGUCUACGAGGGCCGGUUCGGAGAUGCCAAAAUCGCCGUCAAGUGCUUGAGUGAUAUCAAACAAGGGAGAGAGGAGUUCUUGGCGGAGGUGAAGACGAUCGGCAGCGUUCACCACAUCAAUCUAGUGAGGUUGAUCGGCUUCUGCUCCGAUAAGUCCCGCCAACUUCUCGUCUACGAGUUCAUGAGCAACGGAUCGCUUGAUAAAUGGAUAUUCCACAAUAAGGGCAACACCGCCGCCGCGGUGCUCGAUUGGAAAACCAGGCUCAAGAUCAUCGUCGACAUAUCGAAAGGCUUGUCGUACCUCCACGAGGAGUGCAGCCAAAAGAUUGUUCAUUUGGACAUCAAGCCCGGAAACAUCCUGCUAGACGAGAAAUUCACCGCGAAGAUUUCCGAUUUCGGGCUGGCCAAGCUCAUCGACAGAGAUCAGAGCCACGUCAUGACACGAGUCCGGGGGACUCGCGGGUACAUCGCGCCCGAGUGGUUAACUUCUACGAUCACCGAAAAGGCCGAUGUCUAUAGCUUCGGAGUCGUCGUCAUGGAAAUCGUGAGCGGGCGAAAAAGCAUAGACUCUUCGCAACUGGAGGGAAGCACUCACUUGAUCAAUCUGCUCCAGAACAAGAUUAAGGCGGAGCGAUUGUCGGAUUUGGUCGACGGUCGCAGCACCGACAUGCAAUUGUGUAGAUUCGACGUCGUCGAGGUGAUAAAGCUCGCGAUUUGGUGCCUGCAGGGGGAGAUCAGUAAGAGGCCUUCAAUGUCGCAGGUGGUGAAGGUUUUGGAAGGCUCGAUGGAUUACGAAACCAGCAAAGAGUACUCCAAGUUCAUGAGUUCGAGUCCGGCUUUGUCGGCGUGGGCGGAUAUUUUCGACACUUCGGAUCCGCCGUCGGCGCUGCAGCUGUCGGAAUCGCGAAUGUGAGAGGUGUGUUUCUGAAAAAUUGGAAUCACUGAACUUGUUUUGCUGUGCAUUUUUGUAAUUUGGUGUUGGAAAUAGCUGUUGUAUGAAGUUGUUUCUUGGUUGGAUUGCCUUAUACAUAAUAGAGAAACUUUG